AUGAGCUUCGUUUGGGACUGGAUUACUGGAUCUGUCUCCAAAGUGUUAUGUUACAUUGGUUUAUGGCAAAAGAAUGGCAAAUUAGUUUUUCUGGGCCUUGAUAACGCUGGGAAAACCACUUUACUUCACCGUUUGAAGGAUGACCGGAUGGCACAACACGUUCCUACAUUACAUCCGACUUCGGAAGAAUUGUCUAUCGGAGGAAUGAGGUUCACGACGUUUGAUCUCGGCGGACAUGAGCAGGCCAGGCGUGUAUGGAAAAAUUAUAUUCCCGCAGUUGAUGGACUCGUUUUCAUGGUGGACGCAUGCGACCGUGACCG